AUGAAGCGAAAACUAUGCACCCCGCCCUUUAACUGUGACGAUAUGGAAGAGCUAAAUGUUACAGCUCUGUCGCGGCGGAAGGAAUCCGCUGCUCCACUGACAGGAGAAAGAGAAGGAACAUUCUUCCAUCAAUCAACAACCUACCCUUUUGCUUUGGUACUAAGACUAAGGGUGUUGCAGAUAGUAUGUGGAAUUUCAGCUAUGGUGAUGGGCAGCGUAGCUUUCAUAGAAGAGAGGCAAAAGUUCAAUAUGGGUCUCGGAAUACCGGCUGGCGGCCUUAGUGUGUUAGCAGCAGCGGUCUCUAUCCACACAUCGCGAGGUUGGAGCACUGUGUCGGGAGUGGCGGGCGCAGGAGCGGGAGCGGCCAGCGUUUUGUGGGCCGCAGCCUCGUGCUUACUACUUGCGCUUAUCGUGCAAUGCUGCAGAACUAUCCUGGAUCCGCCCGGGGUUAAUCAUAGCGACGGACCACAAGAAGAGGAAUCGCAACCCUCAUCACGCGAUUUGGUCGUGAUCGCUUGCGUUCAAAUAGCCCUGGCAUUAGCCACGUUACUUAGCGCGGCAGUCUGCGCUCGGAUAGACUGUGGCUCAUGACGGGAGCCACAACGCUCGCUCACGCGACGCCGCGUAAGUGAAGCUCCGCUACCCGCCACCGCUUCCGCUUCAGCCGAACAUAACGUGUCCGCACCCGACGACAGAGCUAUCGAACGAGAGAAAGGAGGACGCGUUGCCUGGCUGAUUUAAUUAUAAACUAAACGAUAUCAUUAGUAGUUAAUUUAA